GUCUAAACUGUGCGGUGUGCGUGUUUGUACAGACAGGCUGGAUCAAGGAAAGAUACCAGAAAGACAGUUGGGCAGAGAAAGUUGACCAAUGAUAAUUUUGUUUCAGUGGUAAAGGAAGCCUGCAGCCCAGUCUCCUUCUCCAGCCACCUUUGAACGUAUCCAAAAUUCCUCCCAGCUGCAAGAAAAAGAACUCGAAGAUGUCGGAGAAUUUAGCACUUGUCGUGCAUGGACCAGGCGAUAUAAAACUGGACAAACGCCCAAUUCCGGAACCAGGAGCUGGCGAGGUUCUGGUGAAGAUGCAUUCCGUUGGGAUCUGCGGCUCCGAUGUCCAUUACUGGCAACAUGGAAAAAUUGGAGAGUAUGUUGUGAAGAAACCAAUGGUUUUGGGACAUGAAGCCGCGGGGACUGUUUUCAAACUGGGGUCUGGAGUCACAAAUCUCAAAGUAGGUGACAGAGUUACCAUUGAGCCUGGCGUUCCUCGAGAGAAUUGUGACUAUUGCAAAAUUGGACGUUACAAUCUUUCUUCAACAAUUUUUUUCUGUGCUACUCCUCCCGACGACGGGACCCUAUGUCGGUACUAUGUCCACAAUGCUAAUUACUGCUUCAAGCUUCCAGAGUGUGUGAGUUAUGAGGAAGGUGCACUGAUUGAGCCGCUGUCUGUCGCGAUCCAUGCCUGUCGCAGAGGUAGGGUACAGAUGGGUCACAAGAUCCUCAUCAUGGGAGCAGGGCCAAUUGGACUUCUGAAUCUGCUUGUUGCCAAGAGCAUGGGGGCAGGUCCCAUUGCUGUUACCGACUUGGUACAGGAGCGACUGGAUAUGGCAAAGUGCAUGGGUGCUGCUGCUGUCUUUAAAGUGGAAAAAUGUACAUGCCCUCGUGAAUUGGCACAGAAGGUGAAGUCUAGUCUUUGUGGCAUGCCAGAUGUAACUAUUGAUUCCACCGGAGCAGAACAAAGUAUCCAGACUGGAAUCUAUGCUACCAGGCCAGGAGGAGUACUGGUAUUAAUUGGCAUGGGCCAAUCUUCGACAAAUGCCCCUUUACUAACUGCAAUAACCCGAGAGCUGGAUAUCCGAGGGGUUUUCAGAUACUGCAACACGUGGCCAACUGCAAUUAACAUGUUGGCCUCAAAGAAAAUAGAUGUGAAACCAUUGAUCACACAUCGCAUGCCUCUGGAACAAGCAAUAGAAGCAUUUGAGCUGGUGAAGAAAGGUACAGCACUCAAAGUGAUUGUGUUGUGUGAGGAGCAGCAGCAGCAGCAGCAGCAGCAGGGGGGGCAACCGCAAUCAAAGACACUGGAGCAAUGCCAACAACAAUGUCAGCAGCUGCUGCAGCAGUGUCAACAGCAGUGCCAACAAUUGAAAGACCAGUGUUCACCCGGCCGCUGAUGAGUUUGCUUGUGCUCUUUGUCUUGUCCACCCACAUAUGCAGUGACACCUUUCGCACAGGCCUUAAAGACUGUGCUUUCAUCAAUUUAACAACUGUUCCAAGUCUGUAAUAAACACGCUG